UAUGUUUCGAGAACAUUCUGAUAGCAUCAAACAAGCUGCUGUCGCUGCAUUUCGAAAGCGAGAGUUUUCAGUUCGUAAAACUGCACAACUGUUUCAGAUUGGCGUACAGACUCUAUAUAGAUGGAAUGCUGAAGCCCUUGCCUUGGAACAGGACCAACAUCAAACUCAACAAGCUCAACAAGCUCAGCAAGCAGCUGCAGCUAGACUAAAAGAGGGACGUUGUCCUAUACUGAAUCAACAGGAGCAACAGGUUGUAGCACAGGUUGUUCAGCAAACUGGUCGUGUCGACACAAGUCAGAUUGUUGCCGCGGUACAGGAAACACGAGCCAUAGAUGCUCCUGCCAUUCAAAUCAGCAGACGAACAGUUUACCGAUAUUUACGAAAAAAUAACAUCACCUACAAAAAAGCACACUUUCGGAUUAAAAAAACCGAUCCCAGUAAGCUCGCAGCAUUUUGGCAACAGAUGCGCUUGAUGGAUGCAGAGCAACAGGCGAAAAACAUCAUCUCAUUUAAUGAAUCAUCAUUCGGCACACACAUGACACCCACUUAUGGAUGGAGCAAGUUUCAGCAACAGGAAAUAAACAAUUCUGGAUUGUAAAAUACUGCUCAACGUGCAAUCGUAUGUGUUGCAUGGAUAAGAUCACUUGCUACAGUUUUUGGCGCGUAGAUACUGUUUGUGGUCAUCACAAUGAGGAACAAAAAACAACUAAUGAUUCUGCCUAUCUACUCCAACGUUCAUCUCUUUUCCUUUAGCUAAAAUGCACAUCAAGAAAACAAUCCAAAAGCAUAACCCUGUUUUUUUC